AAAUGGCGACAGACAAUGUACAACUCGCCAUCCGUGUGAGGAGGAGCCGCCAGCCGCAAGAUGGCGCUGAGAGGGCGUGACGUUGCCUGAAAGCUGUGUGUGUCCUCUUCCUCCAGCCCUGGCAGCAGCAGCAGUCUGUGAGUGAGUGCUUCCUCCUCCUCCCUGCCCUGCAUGAGAGCAGCCUGUCAUGGCGCCCCUCACCAGCAUCAGCUGCUGCCUCCUGCUCCUGUGUCUGCUGCCCCCGGCUCUGCUGGCCAGGCGAGGCGACGUGAUAGAGAUCACCGACAGCACCUGGAAGGACAUCCUGCAGGGGGAAUGGAUGAUCAAAUUCUACGCCCCUUGGUGCCCAGCCUGCCAGAAGCUGCAGCCGGAAUGGGAAGAGUUUGCAGAAUGGGGAGAAGACCUCGAUGUCAACAUUGCCAAAGUAGAUGUAACGGCUCAGCCAGGUCUGAGUGGCCGGUUCAUCAUUACAGCACUGCCUACAAUAUACCACUGUAAAGACGGCAUUUUCCGCAAGUACCAGGGUUCUAGGACACACAAGGAGUUCAUCAGCUUCAUCAAUGAGAAGGAGUGGGAAGAUCUGGAACCGGUAUCCUCUUGGUUUAGUCCGGACUCCCUAUUAAUGAGCGGCAUGUCUGCCUUGUUCCAGCUGUCCAUGUGGAUUCGGUACUGCCACAAUUAUUUUGUGGAGGACAUCGGUCUGCCGGUCUGGGGGUCCUACAUCGUAUUCGGAUUGCUGACUCUGCUCUUAGGGCUGGUUUUGGGCCUGAUACUGGUGUUUGUGGCAGAUUACCUUUGUCCAACAAAGCGACAGCGGCCGCAGGGAUUUAUGUACCCCAAAAAACUGACCCCGGAAGCAGCCAAGUUAUUAAAAGAGCUGGAGGUAGAGCAGAACGAAGAGGAAGAUUCAGAUGAUGAUGAAGGUGACGAAACGCCGGAAGAUGACGCCCCGAAGGACAAUCUACGGAAACGUGUUGUGAAGUCUUAAAUUUUGCCUCUGUUUUAACAGUCUGAAAAGGACGCGGUGUAACAGGUCCUUGUGGUUCAAGCAACGUUUUCAGCACCAACGUGACUCCUCUUCCCCCGUCACCCAGAAAUAAUCGCCUGCUCCCAUCCGGUUCCUGUGGAUUAUCUGUAUUCCAGGCCGGGAUCGCCGUUCUUCCUGUGUGUUCCUGACUCUCAGACCGUGCUGGCCCAUCUUCCUAGCUGAUGGCUACAACUUUGUGCUGCAUUCGGGAGACGAGCUUGCAUGUUUGUUCGCAAUUUCUUUUCAUUUUUAUUCGGUCACUCCAGUAUUAAUACAGGAAGGUUUCUUUGUACGCUACAAUGCUUCAGCGAUGUUUCCCCUGCACGGGAUGGAUGGAUUUCCCUGCGUACAAACCCGUGUGUCAAGGAUUUCCUGUGUCCAGAAUUCAAACGAGCAAGUUCCUAUCCGUAUAAGUUAACAUACUCGUACAUUAAUUCGCCACCUAUAGUGGUUUGCGGGGCUCACAUUCGCUAAUAAGUAGGCAGAACUUUGAAUAAUGUGAGAAAUAUAUUUUAUUAUACGGCUGUUUUACAUGAUUUCCUUAGCAGUGUCUCAAGGUUUCAUCCCAGCAGGUAGUAGUAGUACCUUCUGUGUAUUUGCGCAUCCUCUAGAAAAUGAAUUCCUAUCAGUGCAGUAGCAUGGUCCGUAUUUCUGACAUAAGUCACAUGGGUCCUUAUUACAGGGGAAAAGGGAUGAGAAGGGGCGGUAUAUGACUGAAAACGAAUAAAGCACUAACUGUAUAAACCCCUAACAACCAGUCCUUUUACUGCCGCUUAGAAACACUGAAGAAAGCACACUUCUGAUUGGGUGAUACAAUUUGUUAGGUUUGUCAUUUGCACAGUUACUUUUGCAUCCAUUUCUAUAGAUUCUCCAUGUAGUGUGGUCAUCAGAAUAGCAGGGUUCCGUGGAAACCAUUUUGAUUUGUUUCUGUUACCUUUUUAUUUAUUUUUUUAUUUUUUUGUUCCUUUAAUUUGGUUGUGGGAUUUCAUAGUGUUAUGUAGUUAAACAAGACCUGUUUCUUCAACCCCAACCUGUAAUCCCCACGGUCCAGUGUUUCCCAGCCUGCUGCAAAGAACAGGGUUCAACGGUAAGGGACCAAAAAUCCUCUAAUUGUUGACUGUGCAAACAGCCACUAUGCAUACGGAACAUUAUCCUAUAUUUGAGAAAAAGGAAUAGGAAUAUCGGAACUGGCCGUCUCAGUAAAUGGAAAGUUUCUGUGCUUUGUAAAAGCAAAUGUCCUCGCCGUGUAAGAUAGUUUUACCGAAAACAUAUUUUGUAUUUUUGUAACAGGCUGGAAUACGAGUAAUAAACUUUUUUUUUUUUUUUU